AGUAUUUCAACGAAAAGCAUCCUCGAGAUCAUUCGAAUUUUAGCAACUCUAGUAAGGAGAUUGAAGCGCACGGCGCCCGGGUGGAUAAAAUAUGUUUCCCCGUGCAAUUUUCCAUUUUCGCCAGUCAUCAUACAGCUUAGGUAGAAAUGUGCUGUCCAAUUCCAGAGUGAUCGGGAAGACAGAAACUAGCAAGACCGCGAGUGGGAUUCCUUCUAGAUGUUUUGGAAGCUCCGGAAUUCUUCACCGGGCGAACGAAAGUUUUGACGAUUUUCGAGCACGCGAAGAGAAGAAAGAGCAGGAGUAUGCAAAACAACAGACAGCUGGAGCGACUGGUACGGGUCCCGGCACAACACAUACCGACACAUUUUCAUCCACUUCGGACCACCAGGAACCGUCCGAUCCCGCUGUUGAACGCACGAAGGCAAUGAUCCUGGAUGCCGCGCUAGAGUUUGUACAAUCACACGGCUGGUCUAAGCAGGCCAUUGCAAAAGGAGCUGAAGCAGUCAACUAUCCAAGCGUUAGCCACGGGUUGUUUCCACGCGGUGGAAUAGAGCUCGUGCACCAUUUCUACAAGCAGUGCAAUCUAAAGCUCAUCGACUACCUCAAGCAAGAGACGGUGGAUGUGGAAAAGGUUCCCAAUCCAUCUGAUUUUGCGCGCAAAGCGAUUGAAUUUCGACUCCGUAUGCUUGAACCGUACCUGAAGUAUUGGCCACAGGCACUCGGACUGAUGGCGUUGCCACCGAACGCACCACACUCAUUGGCGAACGUGCUAACGCUAGUGGACGACAUUUGUUACUACGCCGGAGAUCGUUCGGUCGAUUUUAACUGGUACACACGACGCAUUGGUUUGGCGUGUAUCUACAAAACAGCCGAACUUUACAUGCUACAGGAUUCUUCGGUCGGGUUUGAAAAAACGUGGAAAUUUCUCGAACGUCGUAUGGAAGAGGCUAGCUUAGUGCACGAAUUUCUGGUCAAAUCGGAAGAUGCCACGCAUCACCUGCAGAAUGCCGUCGGUUCGGCCUUCACAACGGCACGUAACAUUCUUGGCCUAAACUUUGAUCGUCGAUGAUAUGACUAAACGUGUUUGGACACAGAAUAUGAGAUCCGUUAAAGCAGAAAGGAAGCUAUUCCUCGCAGUUAGUCAAAGCCAUUUCACAGUCAUUACAUCCAGUAUACCGAAACCCAUUUUGUUGGCUCAGGAAUGACACAAAUAAACGAAUCAAGUUAUUUAAAUGGUAAGAGCUGAACAGAACUGCAUACAAUUUCGUAGUACAGGAAAUUUCCACACAAUA